GCGGUUUCGCUCUCGACCCGGCUGGAGGACGUUGGAGUCACGGUGAGUGAGGAGGCGCUCUCAGGAUCCAUUACACGCUCAUCUCCGUCAGGACACGCAGGGACACCGCAGCAGAUAUGUUUUCACGGAUCGCCAGACCAUCCGCCAGCCUCGUGCGGUGUUUAUCCACAACUUCUCAGAACAAUGCCAAGGUGGCGGUGUUGGGAGCAUCAGGAGGAAUUGGACAGCCGCUUUCCCUCCUGCUGAAGAACAGUCCUCUGGUGAGCCAGCUGUCUCUGUACGAUAUCGCUCACACACCCGGCGUCGCCGCAGAUCUCAGCCACAUCGAGACCAGAGCCAAGGUCACCGGUUAUAUCGGAGCUGAUCAGCUGGGUGCAGCUCUGAAAGGAUGUGAAGUGGUGGUCAUUCCUGCCGGAGUUCCUCGUAAACCUGGGAUGACCCGUGAUGAUCUGUUUAACACAAACGCCACCAUCGUGGCCACCCUGGUUGAUGCGUGUGCCCGUAACUGCCCCGAGGCCAUGAUCUGCAUCAUCGCUAAUCCUGUGAACUCCACCAUCCCAAUCACUGCAGAGGUGCUGAAGAAGCACGGUGUUUUCAACCCUAGCAGAGUGUUUGGUGUGACCACGCUGGACAUCGUCAGAGCCAACACUUUCGUCGCCGACCUCAAAGGUCUCGAUCCAGCUCGUGUCAAUGUGCCAGUCAUUGGAGGCCACGCCGGGAAAACCAUCAUCCCUCUGAUUUCACAGUGCACUCCAAAGGUGGAGUUUCCCGCGGAUCAGCUUUCGGCUCUGACGGAGAGAAUUCAGGAGGCGGGAACUGAGGUGGUGAAGGCCAAAGCUGGAGCAGGUUCUGCCACCCUGUCGAUGGCUUACGCCGGAGCUCGCUUCACUUUCUCUCUGCUUGACGCCAUGAACGGGAAGGAGGGAGUGGUAGAGUGCGCGUUUGUGCGAUCAGAGGAGACGGAGUGCAAAUACUUUUCCACACCUCUGCUGCUCGGGAAAAACGGCAUUGAGAAGAACCUGGGUCUGGGAAAGCUCUCUGCCUUCGAGGAGAAGCUCGUGUCUGAGGCUCUGACUGAACUCAAAGGUUCCAUCAAGAAAGGAGAAGAUUUCGUGGCCAACAUGAAGCUGUAAGCGUCCGACACACCUCCACCAGACCGCACCAGACGGCAUUAUUUAUAAUAAGUAAACAUACUCCGCCGUGUGAUUCUCAUCCUGACUGAAGAGCUGAGAGGCUAUCUUCAUCAAUAAGUAGUCAGCUCCAUGCACUUCACACAAACACACACACAUUUGUUUUUUACAUUCAUGUCUCUGUGCAGACGCUGAUCAUGUGCUGUGUUUAAACGUGUCUGUACUGACCCGCUCUGAAUAAAGAAAAAUACUCCAAGAAAUAACAAA